AUGGCUGCUCGCACCCACAAGGCCCUGAGAAAGGCGUGCCGCAUGCAGCAGCAGCUGCAUGCGCUAGCAGCAGACAGCAGCAGCAGCAGCAGCAGCAGCAGCAGCAGCAGCAGCAAGGAGGAGCUGCAGCAGCAGCUGCUGCUGCUGCUGCCGCAAAGACAGGCGGAGGUUGUGGGGGACGUAGGAGACUGUGAUGAUAGAGGAGACACAGAAGCAGCAGCACAGCAGUGGAUGGAGCAGCAGCUGCUGCCAGCUCUGCAGCUGCUGCAGCAGCAACGCAGCAGCAGCAGCAGCAGCAGCAGCAGCAGCAUGCAACAUACAGCAGACACAAUGAACCACGCGUCAUCCUCCGAUAAAGCAGCAGCAGCAGCAGCAGCAGAAGCAGCAGGAAUGGAGGCGCUGAAUGCCGGGAGCUGGAGUUUGACGUUUCCUUGGCCCCCCGCCUGCGCUGCCACACAGCAGACACGCUCUAUGUGCUGCCUCGCAACAGCAAAGAAGAGGUGA